AUGGCGCCCCCCGGAUACCUUAACUGCGGGUGCACAUUCGAGCAGGCAUUGUUCGAGGAGAGCCUCCGAGUCUCGCGCCACGGCACGCGCUACGGGUACCGCGACGGCGACUUCGAGCGCGACCCGCGCACGGGCAACUGGCUCGAGGACGAGGGUGCCGAAAAGUGGGAGCAGAAGGCCGCGUCCGGAGGGGUGUACUAG